CUAACUUAUAAAGAGGCAAAUAAUACUCACAAUGAAAAGCAAACGUGUUUGUGCUUGAGAGGAUCGAGUUUUUAGGUUUUCCCAAAAAUGGUUGAUAGCAACAAUAUAUUAUUAGGGUCAUUUGACUCGAGCGAUAGACUGUUGCCAAUAGCAAAUGUGGGGAGAAUUAUGAAGCAUAUUCUUCCUCAAAACGCGAAGAUUUCAAAAGAAGGGAAAGAAACAAUGCAAGAAUGUGUAUCUGAGUUCAUUAGCUUUGUUACCGGAGAAGCAUCAGAUAAGUGUCACAAGGAGAAGAGGAAGACGAUGAACGGAGAUGAUAUUUGUUGGGCUUUGGGAAAUUUAGGAUUUGAUGAUUAUGUUGAGCCAUUGAAGAGGUAUUUGCAUAGGUAUAGAGAGUUAGAAGGUGAAAAAGCUAACCAAAAUAAGGUUGAUGUUGGCAACAACACUGAAGAAAGGGAGAGAGAUGAGUUUCUCCUUGGAAGAUUUUAUGGUCCUUAAGACAUGUUUGUGGUACUUGGCACGUAAGUAGGGGGGCAGUUCAAUUCAUAAUCCAAACCAAAUAUACAAAAAAAUUGAAUCUUGGUUUGGAUUUCAGAUUGGCCCAAACUAUGUCCACCUCUAUAUACGUAAUAUUUUAUUUUUCAAAUUCUUUUUACUCUGAUUUUCGUGCUAGUGAUCCAAUGCAUCUUCUAAAUAAUUUGUAAGGUAAUUUGUGGAAUAUGGUUUUGAAACAUUAA